GGCGACAUAAAAAAAAUUCCAUAUCCAUUCCAACAUACUCUCAGCGAAUCCAUCCAAUUUUAUUGAAAAAAUAACCAGAACCAAUAAAACCAGGAAAGCUUUUACAGUCCCUUUGAUAAUAACUACCCGCCACAUGCUGACAAUUUUGGCAGAUUUUGACACUUUAAGCAGUUUUUUUCGAAGAACAACUUAGAACAGCCACGCCUUACAACAAAUUCGAAUGGUAUUUUUGCGUUUUUGUUUUGAAGCAACCUCAAAACUACCAAUUUACCCAAACAUUAUUAUUGGGGGCGUGUUUCUCGUGCGGAGCUGACGACUUGGUUGAAAUCAUUUCGCCUGACUGCCCUUUUUGGAAAUAAAAAAAUUGUAAGGCAGCUUAAUCUGUGAACUCGUUGCCUUCUUAUUCUAAUAAGUAAACUUCAAAUGAACCUAAUUAUAGCACUCAUUAGAAAACAAAUAACAGUAGCAGACAGUUUACUUGAAACAAAUCUUUCCUUGAAGUCAGAAUUUAGUCCAACAAAGCUUCGUUUUACUUGUUUCUUUGAGGGUUUGACUGAAGAAGAGUUUGCAAGUUACACGCCAGUGUCGACAAUUUGAUACUAACUUCAAGUGUUCUAGCAUUCUCUCAAGUGCCACUUAUAAAUUAUACCACUUAAGCGAAAGAGAAAUUAACCUAUCAUCGAUACACAAUUUGUCAGAUACUCCCCAGUUGAUCCCCCCUUGAGAAUUUUGCGGAGAUGACUAAAUACGAGUAUAACUCAACUUUGCAAAGUUUGAGGUUAUUUUGAAUGAGAACUUACAGCAAUUUGCUCUUUUCCAUGCUGAGACUAACUGAGCCAGUAGUUUGUAAACUUGAACAAAAUCUGGUCAGUCUAAGCCGCGUCAGAGCAAUUUGGGGUUUAAGCUGCUGUCACUGUCACAGAUAGAAUCAUUUGGGCCUAUUUCUGCUACUCUUCAAAGCAAACCCAAACAUAAAGCCCAGAGCAAACGAGCCGUGCAAGUUGACGCUACUUGAGCUUAGAACGAACAACAAUUUGGUGUUAUUUCUACAGAUCUAGUUACAUUUGUAAGCUCAGCUCACAUUUCUACCCCAACUUUGAACUGAACAACCCGUUGUUCAGUCGCGGUUGAAACCUAACUUGCGGCAGUCGUCAUUCUUGUAGCUGCCGGUCGGCCGGCAAAUGUGAAUGCAUUUGUGUUUGGCGUUAGUAUUAAAACCUCAUUAACCAGCAGUUAUAAUUUCGUUUUAUUUGCCUCCUGUUCCUUGGUCUAAUACUGUGUUCCAGUUAGCAACAUCUGGUAAAUUAGGAAUACUGGCACGAUUCGGACCCCUUCCUUCAUUCCCUCCGUCAUCCCGACACCUGUUUGGUAGUUGCGCACUAACAACAGCACAGGUCAGACAUUUGUGCACGUGAAUUGAAUAGUAGACAGGUCCAAUCAACAGUGCCCCCCUCGGGUUGCAGUGAAGUUUGAUCAAGAAAUAGACUAACUGCAAUCUAAAGGGUAGUAGUACUAGGCGGCAAAGGUCGCAAGGGAAGCAAGUCCCGUCUGGUUUCAGUGCCAAUUGGGGCAAUAUUGGUUUAAUGUGCGCGUUCCUUUCAGUUCCAGUCCCAUUUCAGGUGACUUUAGUUACUUCAACUUAAUUCAAUCCAAUUUAUUCCUUACUGCCUCAGACGACACAACUACCCCCCCCCCCUCCCUCACGUCAACACAACAUACUCCUGCCCUCCCCCGACGUCCAGCUCGUUUCAUUGCUGUUUUCUUAUUCCUCGAACCUUGGCUUGUGUUUUGCUAGCAUUUGAGGAAUGUACAUAAACCAUUAGAGACACCAUUUUCAUAGCUAAAUGCAAUUGCAAAUGAGUGAGCGAUCCAAACGAACAACCCAGCACCAACUACUUUACCCAAUUGCUCAAACCUGCUCUCUCCUGUUUCACUUCUGCCUUCUUUAUAGCAAUGUUUCCUUUUAAUUCACCUUUCCUGAGAAACUCUUGGCUUACUUCACAAACAGGAAACAACAAUUAACACACUGACACAAAUUCGGGCGUCGAGCGCAGACAACAAAUUUGGUUUGGUAAAAACUUGUUUAAAAACAUUGAUCGAAAAACGAAACAGCAAAUUGGCACAAUUUCCGUUGCUUUUAUUGCGUUCUGAGAUCUCACUCUUUACACAGAGUCUGCUUACCCACAACAAACAGAGUUUAUUAAACACUUCCCAAGAAGUUAACUUAGUUUCCAUUCUUUAUUAAGUGAAUCAGUCGGUAGUGAGUUUUACUACUUUUCUCUGGUCGACAUUUUGUUUUGUACUGAAAAACUCGAUUGAUUUCGUAAAAUAAAAACUACUUUUGGACAGAUGGCUCUGCAAACCUCCACUUUGGUAUCGGCCACAGUCAGCUUUUUGAAUGGAGCUGUGACUGUGGCUGAGGCUGCAGGGCAGCAGCAGAACGAGACUGGCCUUGAGAGCAAAGAGCACUGGCUGGUGGAGUGUGCCAAAAGCUACCACACACUGGCCACCAUAGCCAUCAUCGUCUUCUUCAUCGUCAGUCUGCCCGGAAACACUUUUGUGGUGUGGAUCUAUGGACAGCAGGUGACUCGGACCUCGUAUGCAUUCUACGUGCUGGUGAUUGCCUCCAUCGACCUCAUGUUCACAGUGGUGGUGGUGCCGUGCACUCUCUUCCUGCGCAUCUCCAACUAUCUGCCCUUCAACAAGUUCUACGUGCAGGAGGUCUUUUACCACAGCCCCAAAGACAUGUGCCAAAUAUUCACAGUCUUCCUCCUCAUAUUCAUCGCAGAGGAGCGGAUCAAAAUUUUCUCCAACCCGUUCCGCCCUAUCACGAAAGCGGCCCAGGGGCUGAUGCGGAUAGGCUGUGUGUUGACUGUGGCCCUGUGUCUGUUUGUGCCCCCAGUGCUGCUGGCAUACUACCAACUGGCAUGGCACCUCAAACUGUUCACCAAACUACUGCAGCCACUGGUGCUCAUUGUGGCUGCCACAAUUCUGUUCUGUCUAAACGUUCGAGUCGUGCUCUACGCCACACGAUCCAAAUCCGAGCGAAAUGAGCUGCAGAAGGACAUCCGAGCUGCCAAGUCUCGCUGUCGGCGGGAGAACCGAGGCAGUGGACCCAACCAGAGGGGUUUAGGUGGGGGCAAGAGUGGCAGUUCCGGGGGCUCUCUGGUGACAGGGACAACAGCCAAUGGAGCGGCCGGAGGCAGCAGCAGCACAAGCGCUCAAGGGAUCGAAAUGGCCCCAAUUCGGGAAAACAAGCAAUCCUUCGCAUCGCAGAACAGACGCCGACUGAGCAAUUUGGAGGAAGAUGCGAAAAUGGUGAUCGCGUUGAUUGUGACAUCACUGGUGACUUGUGGAUUCUGCUUGGUGAAAAUGCAGCUGAUCAUUGAGUUCAUUCUGGACAAAAACAACUUGUUCAUUGUGCACGGAUGCUGGUCUUACUACCUACUGCAGGACUUCAUCCCACACGCCCUCGCAUACACCAAUUACGUAAUGAGUCCUAUAGUGUAUUACGUCAUUUCGAAGCGAUUCCGAGAAGACGUCUCGAGGACAGUGCGAAUCAUCAGAGACUGCAACAUUUCGGAGCCGAAAGCGAAGACAAUUACAAUCACCGACUGUUCCACUCGAUCCAACAACAAGAUCUCCAAUUCGCUCGCGUCUGCAAUUUCCAUAGUGUAAUUAAUUACUGAAUGCAAUGCAACCAAAGACAAUGAAAUAAGGAAUGUUUAUUCAAUGUUGAAACUUGAUUGAGAAAUGCUUAUUUGUUGCACGUUUA